ACAUAUUGAAAAAAAAAAUAGAAACAAGAUUUUUAGAGAGAGAAAAUUGUAAGUAAUAUGGAGACUUCUUUUAUGAAGGAGGAGAACAAAGGGUUUGAAUCUAAUGGUGAUGGAGAAAGUUGCGGAAAAGAUGUCAUUCUUCAGGUUGGAGCUGGAAAAAGAGCCCCAGAAGAUGAUGAGAUGAAGGCAGCUUCUCCCAAUCUGAAGAAUUUCAUCAACUGUAAUAGCAAACAGGGUUCGGUUGUCGUAAAGAAAAUGGAGAGGUCGUCGCCUGAAUCUGGAUCGAGAUCAUCUUCAUCUGCCAAAAGACAACAGCUUGAUGAUGAACUAGGAUCUUCGAAAGCUGAGUUGAACGAGGUCAUGGAGGAAAAUCAACGGCUGAAGAUGUACUUGGACCGGGUUCUCAAAGACUAUCGAACCCUACAAAUGCAAUACCAAGACAUUAUCCAACACGAACCAAAAAACUCUCCGAAUUCCCUAACUAUUACUCCGGCUCAUCAUCAUCACGACCCAAUGGAAGAAUCCGGUGAGCUUAUUUCCCUUAGCCUCGGAAUAAGCAGCCCAAGUGACCGAACAAAAGACGAGCAAAUUCAAAAAACUCCAAGAAUCGAAAAUAAUGCCAAUGUUCAUGAAGGUAGUGAUCAUGACAAAGAGGGACUAACAUUGGGCCUUGAUUGCAAGACAUUCCAAGUGCCACCUCAAAAGUUAUCGGUCGAAAACAGUUCUCCUAAUCAUAGCCUUGAAAAUAGCUUGGAUAAUGAAGGAAAAGAAGAAGGCGGAGAGAAUUGGCCGGGUAAUAAUAAGUCGAAGAGUAAUGUGAGGGAAGGUGGAGAUGACGAGCUUACGCAACAAAACCCGGCUAAGAGGGCUAGGGUUUCGGUUAGAGUUAGAUGUGACACACCAACUAUGAAUGAUGGUUGCCAAUGGAGGAAAUAUGGACAGAAGAUUGCUAAAGGGAAUCCAUGCCCUCGAGCGUACUAUCGUUGCACGGUCGCACCAUCUUGCCCCGUGCGAAAACAGGUCCAAAGAUGUGCCGAGGACAUGUCGAUUUUGAUCACGACCUACGAGGGAACACACAACCAUCCGCUCCCGAUCUCGGCCACCGUCAUGGCCUCCACCACCUCGGCGGCCGCCUCCAUGCUAACAUCCGGCCCGUCAAACUCCUCAAUUGGGUCGGGCCCAUUAUCAGCCGUUUCUGCCUCCGGAAAUCUAAACGGGCUAAACUUCUACUCGUCUCACGAUAACUCGAGAUCAAAACCCUUCUACCUACCGAACUCAACAAUUUCAUCCACCCCUUCCUACCCAACCAUAACCCUCGAUCUCACCUCAAGCGCCGCCACAUCAUCGUCCCAUUUGACCCGUUUGACCAAUAUUCCCCCGAGAUACUCGGCCACAAAUUUGAACUUCAGCGAGUCGAGCGCGCUCCCGAUAUCGUGGACUAAUGGGACCCUGAGCUACGGGCCAUACCAAACUAUGAAUAAGAACCAAACCACGAGCACUACUAGCUCGCUCAGCUUCGGAGCACAACCCUACGAAAACCUAUACCAAACCUACUUACAAAAGACAAAUAUUGCAAACCCUAGCCAGCAAAACAUGGCAUCACCCGAAGCUAUUGCGGCUGCAACUAAAGCAAUCACAUCCGACCCGAGUUUCCAAUCAGCUCUUGUAGCCGCUCUUUCAUCCAUCAUCACCUCGAAUGGCAAUAAUGCGAGUGCAAUGCUGCAAAACCAAAACGAAGGCGAAAAAUCGAGUCAAAUUAGUAAUGUCAAGAUUAGUGAGCCUAACUUUCCUAUCCUAUCGAGCUUCCCGUCACCGGCCUCGAACGCGAAUAAAUGUGCGCCGAGUUUUAUGAACAAUUCGUCGUCUAAUACGAGUACGACUCAACCGGCAGGCGGAUUGAUGUUCCUUUCGACUCCAUUUUCGAAUGCAAAGAGCAAGUCUAGCUCACCAAGUGAUCAUGGUAGGGAUCAAGCUGCUUGAUUUGAUUGCAUGGAUUGAAAUUUUUUCCUUGAUUAUUUUGAACUUUAUGAUUGUUUCUAAUACUCAUUGUAGAUGGUCUGGGGUUUUAUGUUAUGAUGCCAAUUGUGCAUGGACCAUUUUGUUUUUUUGUUUUCUUUUAGUUAUUUUUGGAAAGAAAUUGUGCAUAUAUGUAUUGUGAUUAUGCUGAUGAAGAAUGUUCACCAGCUUUCUUUUAGACUUAUGUAUGACUUUAUGCUGCAAAUUAAAUGUGGAUAAUUUGUGUACAUAAUUUGAGGAUGCCACCAAAUAGGUGGUUGGCCCAACUAGUUCAGGUGUUCACUUCUUUUUCAAUUUUUUUUAUUUAUUAAUUAAAAUUAUUUUGUUAUGAAGUGUGUGACGAGGAUGCUUGCACAGUUCUACAAAUUUCACAGAUUGAUGUAACUAUUUAGUUAAUUU